AUGCCCAGGGCCCGUCUAUUUGCUGUUUGUUGCAUCGGCCCCGCUUGCCCACCCAGAGGUUUGACGAAACCGUCGCUGGAGGCAGGUGGCUCCUCGCAGGCUUUCAUUUCAUCAUCAUCUUCAGCUUCCGAGGCCGAGGAGCACGCCGCAGUCAUGGAAGUCUUCCUGGGGAACGUGCCCGCUACUCUGACCGACGAGGCCCUCAGGAGAGAGCUUGCGCCGUUCAUGAACGCUCUCGGCAUCGUCGAUUGGGCCGUCGAUAAAACCAGGCGGAAGCCUAUGGCAUGGCUGACGUUUCUUCAGAUUGACGACGGCAGAAAAUUUCUCAAAAGCCACGGCAAGAUCAGCAGCGCCAAAGGCCUUGGCCAGCCACCGUCCACCACCCAGUCUGGUCUCACCCGACGCACAAGGGACAUGGCGAGAUUAUGUAUUCUGUCGACUGCAAUCUAUGCCGAGAGGAGUCGGCGCGAGGUCGACGCCCUUACCCUGAGCCACCUUCUACACGAGCGUCAUGAGCGUCAGAAGGUGGUCGACAAAGGCCCCCGAACCCCGGACAUCUCGUGUGCCAUCACUGAAAUCUCGUGUGGCAAGCUGAUUUAUGCGCCACCAGCGACGGGGUUGAAGUUCGUGUCGCAAAGUCGUUUUCGUGUCGGGGGCAUGGCCAAGUUUGCCCGACAGGGCUUGACAAUCUGGGGACAAGACAGCCGCGUUGAUAUCCUUUACGAUGCCAUUCAUGAAGUUAUCGCGAACCACUCAUCGCAGAGUAUCAUGCUCGUUCUGGAAGAGCCGCCCAGGUUCUACUCCAAAUCGCCUUGUCUACAGGGCAGUAAUGUCAACUGGGAGCGGCAAACCAGCUGUCCGCUCUGGACUGAUCACGCCAAAUACGUGGCACACUGUCUAGUCUACCAACUAACACCUACAGAAGAGUAUCAAUCCAUCAUUCGCGCCAUCAAGGCCCAGGACAUUUUGCCCCUGAGCCAGCAGAACAUACCUGUGGCUUCUUGUCCAGCGCCCACCGUAGAAGACUAUGCCACAGGUAUCAGUGCCUUCGAAGGCAAGAUGCAGAGCCUGGGCACCACAAGAGAAGGAAUAAUUCCGUUUCCGAUCCUCUUUCAGGUCCAGUCGCUUGUCUGGAACAAUUACCUGCACCCGUAUGGAGGGCUUUGCGUACUCGACCAUAUUGCGCGCAUCGCCCGAGAAAGAGCUCAGGACAGCAAAACGUUCCCAUUCACGACCGAUGCUUUCAAGAGGCUCCUCCAGACGAUGCCGUAUCCGGUCCCCGGCACCGACACGGCAGAUGUCGACCCGGUGCGCGUUGUAGAAAGCAUGCAAGCAGGAAAAACUGGCGUCAACCGCCAAAAUCCACUCGAGACCGACGUGUAUGGCGCCAGCCUACCGCAGCACCAAACCUGGGUCUUCAAGGCCAUGGUAACGCCAACUCGCAUCCUGCUUGAAGGUCCUGAUGCCGAGAGCAAGAACAGGGUCUUGCGAAUGUUUCGCCAUCAUGGUGACCACUUUCUGCGGGUUUCUUUUUGCGACGAAAGAGGCCAAGAUCUUUCAUUCAGUCCGCGGGUUCGCAACGAUGCCAUUUACGAGCGAUACCGCAAGGUCCUCGCUGAUGGAAUUCGGAUUGCCGGCAGGCACUUUUCUUUCCUUGGCUUCUCCCAUUCUUCUCUUCGCUCACACUCUACCUGGUUCCUGGCUCCGUUCGUCGACGCCGACUUGCAACGCCAGGACCAUGACACGAUCCUGAAAUCGUUGGGCGAUUUUAGCAAGAUUCGCGUGGCCGCUAAAUGCGCCGCUCGAAUUGGUCAGUUUUUCUCCGAGACCCCAUUCGCUGUUGAUCUCUUCAAGGCUGGUAUUGAUAUUCGCUAUAUACCCGAUGUAAAGUCGGCGGAUGGCAAACGCGUCUUUAGCGAUGGCGUUGGUACAAUAUCUAGGGAAGCCAUGCAAGAGUUCUGGAAGGCAUUGCCUAUGCGAACUAUAAGCCCAACGUGCUUUCAAAUUCGCUGGGCGGGCGCCAAGGGCAUGCUGGCGCUUAAUUCGACAUUGCGAGGCAAGGUUAUUUGCAUCCGCAAAGAUUCAAUGAUGAAGUUUCCUAGUCAAGAUCUGAGAGAGCUCGGCAUUUGUGACGUGGCAUCGAGGCCGUUGCGCUUGGUCCUCAAUCGUCAGAUCAUCAAAAUUCUGGAAGACAUGGGCACCAAGCCUCAGUGGUUUGUAGCACAACAAGAAAAAGCACUCAAUAUUCUACGGCAAGUUACGGCAACGGCUGGUAAUACGAGCAUUUUCUUGCGUUCCCAGGAUAUUGGCAGUGCGAUAGGCCUACCGUCGUUUAUCAAACAACUAGACAAAAUGAGCAUAGACUACCGCCGCGACAGAUUCCUCAAAUCUGUCGUCGAACACGCAGUGCUACGCGAGCUGCGGCUACUCAAGCAUAAAGCCCGGAUCCCGGUCGACAAAGGAGUCACUCUCUUCGGCAUUAUGGAUGAGACUGGCUUUCUAAACGAAAACGAAAUCUUCAUCACCUACGACAAAGUCUACUCAACCAGUGGAGCGCGUAUGGACGCAACCCUGAGGGAUGGCCCGGUCAUUGUCACUCGAUGCCCAGCUCUGCAUCCUGGCGAUAUCCAGCAUGUGACGGCGGUGUCGCCUCCCGACGGUCACCCUCUGAGGGGCCUUCGAAACUGCGUCGUGUUUAGCCAAAAAGGCUCUCGAGACCUACCUAGUCAGUUGAGUGGAGGAGAUCUUGACGGUGACUUGUAUAACAUCAUUUGGGAUCGGAAGGCAGCACCCAGAUUCACAUUCAACCCUGCCGACUACCCUCGGGUGAUUCCUGAACCUUUGGAUCGGCCGGUCACGCGUGACGACAUCGCGGCCUUUUUCCUCAACUUUAUGAAAUCAGACAUACUCGGCUUGAUUGCGAACAGGCACCAGAUCCUUGCGGAUAUGCAACCGGAAGGGACCAAAGAUGCCAGCUGCGUCAAGCUGGCCGAGAUGCAUUCUACUGCAGUUGAUUACUCCAAGACUGGAAUCGCGGUCAGCUGGUCUGACAUGCCAAAGGCGCCACGUUUACGUCCUGAUUUCCUUGCCCCGGCCCCUCCCGUGAGAAUCUAUGACCGUGGCCAAAUCGACCACAUCGCAAUGAGUGAUGACGAAGACGACGAAAAUGGUUUAGGUGGGGCCAAGCCGAGAUAUUACAGAUCGGAAAAACUCCUAGGUCGUCUUUAUCGCGGCAUCGACGAAAAUAAGAUCUGGAGUGAACACAUCCACAGGGCGGUUCCCAUGACGGGCCCAUCGAUAUGGGACCAGUUGAAGGGUAGAAUUAUGGCUGAAUUGAACUCCUACGGAAUAAGAACAGAAUUCUCUCGUCAUGAGGAUCACGCGUGGAAGAUACGCAACCUCUACGAGGACUCCAUACUGGACAGCAUGUGGCACUUUUCGGAGAAUCCCAGAAAGUGCAUCACAGAAGCAGAGGUUUUUUGCGGCUCCGUCUUGAACAAGACUGGAACACAAACCCGCCGGCAGCGUGACGCCUCGAUCCGGCUCAAAGAAGAUACAGACAGGAUUCUGACGUGGAUUUGCAGCCUCAUUCGCAACCGCAUCGAUGAUAGGCGCGGCCACUCGGGUGACUGGGGCCGCUUCGAGGACAAUGAUGAUGAGCAUGUGGCCAUUCAGCUGUGUUGGGCGUGCUUGGUCGUGGGGUGUAUCGAACAGGCAGACAAUUUCGGCCCAACUUAUCACCGCACCGGGGAACUGGAAAGCUUUCGCAUUGUCGCAGCGGCGUGCUUGUUGAAAGAACUAAACACUUUCAAGGCUUCAAGGCUUAUAGGACACUAA